UUCAGAGCUGGAUCUGGGAAGUUAAGAACAAAGUGAUGCCAACAUGGUAGCCACCGUUGCUUUUGCGGCGGGGUCGCUUGCCAGCAUCUGCCAUAACUAUUAAUUGACUAUGGAUGACUAUACCAAAAUAGAGGACAUUGGAGAAGUCUUCAAGAUGUGCUCAUGCAAGAUUCCAGGUUAUAUCUCAUCUUUGAAUACCUUUCCAUGGAUCUAAAGAAAUACUUAGAUUCUAUCCCUCCUGGUCAAUUAAUGGAUUCUGCACUUGUUAAGAGUUAUUUGUACCAGAUCCUACAAGGGAUUGUGUUUUGUCACUCUAGAAGAGUUCUACGUAGAGGCUUAAAACCUCAGAAUCUAUUGAUUGUUGACAAAGGAACAAUUAAGCUGGCUGAUUUUGGCCUUGCCAGAGCUUUUGGAAUACCUAUUAGAGUUUAUAUACAUGAAGCGGUAACACUUUGGUAUAGAUCUCCAGAAGUGUUGCUGGGGUCAGCUCGCUAUUCGACUCCAGUUGACAUUUGGAGUAUAGGCACCAUAUUUGCAGAAUUAGCAACUACAAAACCACUUUUCCAUGGGGAUUCAGAAAUUGAUCAACUUUUCAGAAUUUUCAGAGCUUUGGGUACCCCCAACAAUGAAGUGUGGCUAGACAUGGAGUCUUUACAGGACUAUAAGAAUACAUUUCUCAAGUGGGAACCAGGACGCCUAUCAUCCCUUGUCAAAAACUUGGAUGAAGAUGGCUUGGAUAUUCUCUCAAAAAUGUUAGUAUAUGAUCCUGCCAAACGCAUUUCUGGCAAAAUGGCACUGAUUCACCCAUAUUUUAGUGAUUUGAACAAUCAGAUUAAGAAGAUACAGCUUUCUGACAAGAGUUUCCACAUGUUGUAUCAAGAACAGAUAGUCAUAUUUUUACUGUCAACUCUAUUUUUGUCUUAUGUGUUUUUGUCUUCUUUGUUGUAAAACUUAAGCUAUACUUC